AUCUCCGACUCUACCCAAAUUCAUUACAACUCCUAACUGCUAAUUUCCAGAUAGUAAUUUGCAGUUUCGUCAUUAACGAUCUCUGAGAUUAGUCGAAGGCCGGCAUCGUCAUUACACUUGGCUUUCACGGAAACAAGCUUGUGGCUUUGCUUUUGCUUUGGUGUUUCUUUUUUGGUGGCGGAUUUAAUCAUUACUAUCAGUUAAUUUCGUUUUCCCCUGAAGAUGGGAUCGGAUAGAGCACUGCAAUCCCGGGGAUGACUGUCUUGAAGUGGCGGAUUGAGUCGAGAUUUGUGGGUUUUUGUGGGACGAGGAAAGAUAAAAAUGCUGUCUUUAUCGACAGCUCGGAGCUCUUUGGAGGAAAUGCUGGAGUCUCUGCGGCGAGAGGAAGAGACCCAGUCGCCGGGGGACUUGCCGCCGGCGCUGCCUCCGAGGCCUAAGGCCACAUCUCGUGCUCGCCUUCCUUCGCCCAAGAGGAGGCCGUCUUUGCCUGUGGGCGGGUCGAGUUGUGCUGUGAAUAAGGAAGGAAGCGUAGGAGAGAGAGAGAAUUGUUUUGGGGCCGAAAAAGUUGAGGAAUUGGAAGAUGGGGAUGGGGAUGGGGAUGAGGGCAAUCGGAAGAAACUUCGGGUUUGGUGUCGACGACAUGACGACCUAUGGGAAUCUGGGCAAAUAAGAUCAAACUCAGGGGAGAAAGCUUCGGUUCUGCUAUCGGAGGGAACUAUUGUGACAGUUCCGACACAAGACCUCCUACCAGCUAAUCCGCAUAUACUCGAUGAAGUUGAUGAUCUUGCACAACUGAGUUAUUUGAAUGAGCCUUCAGUUCUUCACAAUCUCCAGUAUAGAUAUACAAAAGAUAAUAUAUAUAGUAAGGCAGGGCCUGUAUUACUAGCCGUCAAUCCUUUUAAAAGUGUCCCAAUAUAUGGGGAUGAUAUAGUUACUGCUUACACAAAGAACCUUUUGGACAGUCCUCAUGUUUAUGCUACUGCUGAUGCAGCAUACGAAGCAAUGAUAGCAGAUGAAGCAAACCAGUCUAUCGUUAUCAGUGGAGAAAGUGGCGCUGGCAAGACUGAGACAGCUAAGAUUGCAAUGCAAUAUUUGGCAGCUCGUGGUGGAGGUGGCGAUGUAAUAGAAUCGAUAGUCAUGAAAACAAGCUGCAUACUGGAGGCUUUUGGAAAUGCCAAAACAGCCAUGAACAACAACUCCAGCCGAUUUGGAAAAUUAAUUGAAAUCUACUUCGGUGCUGCUGGAAAAAUGUGUGGUGCUAAAAUACAAACCUUCCUCCUUGAAAAGUCAAGAGUUGUUCAGUUAGCUCAAGGAGAGCGGUCAUAUCACAUUUUCUAUCAGCUCUGCUCUGGUGCUCCUUCUGGUCUCCGAGGUAGGCUAAGGUUAAGAGGUGCUUCUGAAUACAAAUAUCUCAAUCAGAGUGAAUGUUUGGAGAUCCCCAACAUUGAUGAUGCUCAGAAGUUUCAUGAUCUUAUGGGAGCCCUAGAUUCUAUCAGAAUCUGUAAAGAAGAUCAAGAGCACGUCUUCGAGAUGCUUGCUGCAGUUUUGUGGCUGGGGAACAUAUCGUUUCUUGUAACUGACAAUCAAAAGCAUAUUGAGGUUGUUUCUGAUGAAGCUGUUACAAAUGCUGCUGGCUUGAUGGGCUGUUUCGAGCAAGACCUGAUACUUACUUUGUCAACCCGGAGGGUACGAGCUGGAAGGGAUGAGGUCACCAAAUCUCUGACUUUUGAACAGGCAAUUUCCACAAGGGAUGCAUUAGCAAGUUUUAUUUAUGCGAGCUUGUUCGACUGGCUUGUGGAGAAGAUAAACUUAUCAUUUUCCACGGGGAAAGAUAAUAUGGGGUGCUCAGUAAGCAUUCUUGAUAUGUGUGGAUUUGAAUCACUUAAGAAGAAUAGCUUCGAACAGUUUUGCAUCAAUUAUGCUAAUGAGCGGCUCCAGCAACAUUCGAAUCAACAUCUCAUCAAACAUAAGCAAGAAGAGUAUGAGUUAGAUGGAAUUGACUGGAAAAAAGUGGAUUUUGAAGACAACCAAGAAUGUAUAGAUCUUUUUGAGAAGAAACCUAUUGGUCUGAUACCUAUACUGGAUGAAUUAUCCAAUCUUCCCAAAGCUACAGAUUUAACAUUUUCUGCUAAACUUAAGCAUCACUUAAGUAAUAACCGUUGCUUUCAAGGAGAAAGAGGUGGAACAUUCCGCAUUCGUCAUCAUGCUGGGGAGGUUCUUUAUGAGACGGAAAAAUUCUUGGAAAAGAAUCGGGAUCCAAUACAUUCUGAAAUCAUCGAGCUACUCGCAUCCUGCACUAGUAGACUUCCUCAAUCUUUUGCCCUUCUACUUAAGCAAUCCCAGAAUCUAGAUAGUGCAUCGGUGCAGUCAGGGAUGUCAGUUUGUAAGAAACAAAGUGUUGCCACAACAUUCCAGGGGCAGCUGUUCAAAUUGAUACAACAUCUGGAAAGCACAAAACAACAUUUCAUUUGCUGCAUAAAACCAAAUAAUAAGCAGAUUCCUGGUGCAUUUGAAAAAGAUAUUGCCCUGAGGCAGCUUCGUUGCUGUGGGAUUCUGCAAGUUGUCAGGAUUUCGAAGUCUGGGUAUCUGAUGCAGAUGACUCAUCAAGAGUUUACAAAAAGGUAUGUGUCCCUAGUCGGGGAAAAAAAGGACAGUCAAGAUCCGUUAAGUCUGUCAAUUGCCAUUCUGCAGAAGUUCGGUAUCUUGCCAGAGAUGUACCAAGUUGGCUAUACGAAGUUAUACUUUCGAAAAGGACAGAUUGAUGUUUUGGAAGCUGUUAGAAAACAAGUUGUCCAAGGUACUCUUGAGUUGCAGAAGUGUUUCAAUGGCCGUCAUGCAUGCCAAGACUUCCGUAAACUCAAGGAAGAAGUACUGACAUUGCAAUCAUAUAUUCGUGGUGAAAUUGCUAGAAAGGAGUAUGGUGCCUUACUUGGGUUGAAAAAGCAGGUUAUCCGUACGGGGCCAGACAAGUUGUUUAUGGCAAUCGUGCAAAUACAGUCGGUAAUUCGUGGAUGGUUGGCCCGCAAACAGUUUAAUCACCUCCGGAACUCUAAACAGUUGAAUGUUAGUAAUCUGAAGCAAGGCAGGAGAAUUUCUGAAGUCAAGGAUCCGCAACAAGAAACACUGUCGUUGGUUGUUGAAGAACUACAGAAGCGUGUGUCAAUGGCGGAAGCAACACUUGGACAGAAGGAAACAGAAAAUAUGGGUUUGAGAGAGCAGGUGGUACAGUAUGAAGCCCGAUGGUCGGAAUAUGAAGCCAAAGUGAAAUCCAUGGAGGAGAUGUGGCAAAAGCAGAUAACAUCUCUACAAAUGAGCUUGGCUGCAGCCAAGAAGAGCCUUAUUGCUGAAAAUGCUAUAAACCCUGCUAGAAGGCUCGAUGGAGCACAAUCCCCUCCAUUUUAUGAAUCCGAGGACAUGUCUAUGGGAACUCAGACUCCGGGUGGUAGCACUCCAAUGAGAUACGCUAACAAUGGUAUCGAUGACACAAAUGGAAGUUUGAACCCGGUGAGCCAUCUGACCAAGGAGUUUGAGGACAGAAGACGAGCUUUCGAUGAAGAAGCACUAGCAGUUGUAGAAGUCAAGUCGGACCAGUCGCCUAUACAUGCUGUGGAGGAAUUCCGGAGGCUGAGACAGAGGUUCGAAGCAUGGAAGAGAGAUUACAAGGCGAGGUUGAAGGAAGCAAAGGGGAGGGUAUACAAGCUGGGGCGAAACGAUGCAGAGAAACACAGGCGGACAUGGUGGGGAAAGAAAAGCAAGAGAGGAUAGCAUAGCGUUCGGAAUAUGUAUAUAUCAAUUUUGUUGUUGCAUUGUAAGUCUCGAUUGUUCGUUCUCCCGUGUUCGUGUAUAGUAUCUAUCCACUGUGUAAUUAGUGUAUGGAACGAAGCUCGGAUGAAAUACGUUUAGGAAACGAUCAAGUUUGAGGUUAUGUUUUUA